AUGACACCGCUCGCGGUUGUGCCAGUGUCAGUUGGGCGCGCGGGGAGGUGCUGCCACCGCGCGCCCCUUGACGUCACCGCUGCUCGCGCGCCCCCGCCCGGGGUGGGGAGAGGGGAGGGGGCGGCCCGCAGCGAGCGCGUCCCGCAGGCCCCGGCGGCCGCCCGGCUGGGCAGGGAGGGGCGGCGGCGGGGACGCAGAAGGUGGGCCCGCGACGCCUGCGAGCCAGAGCUGGCCUCGGGGGCGCGGAGCCCAGCGCGCCCGCCUUGCCGCGGCGCCCGGGUGGGGGCGUCCAUGGCCCGGGUGCCCCUGGGCGGCCUGGGGCGAGGGCGCCGCGGGGGAGAUCCCAGGGUUUGUCCCGAAGAGGCCACCCGGCCACCCCUCUCUCUCCUGCCCGCAGCACCUCCGCACUGCACGGGCAGCUGGCGGCCGACCCGAGGCUUCCAGAGAAAAGGGAAAAUUGCAAGCUUCACCUACAGCCAGACUGACAGCAGAAUUUCUUUAGAAUCAAGAAUUAACACCGGUUUAUUAACUAAGAUUAAACCUUGAAAGACUGCAGCAGGGGAGCAUAGCCAUCUGCAAACUUGAACUUGAAAACUGAUCUUCCAUCAGGGAGGCCAUCCUCUUCAGCUGAACCAUCAGAAGUGGUGACAAGGAGCCCCUUCCUGAAGGAACUCAUCCAGAUGAGCCAAAUCCUCCUUUUCUAAAAGCAAAGAAGGGAACUGCUCAUAGCAUCACUGGUCAACCUCUCCCAGGACACCACUGAUAUACAGGCUGUACCCUCUUCAAGGGCACCUGGAAAGGAAGCUGAAAUCUUGCCUGGGAUCCACUCACCAAGAAGUGCCUAUGAGUGCUUGGCUGUGUCUAACCUGAGGAUGAGGCUCCUUUUUCUCACUGGCAUCAAAGCACUUUUCUGAGCUCCUGUUAACAAUGAUAACUGACACCUAUACCCUAGUUUCCUUAGGGUUACAUUCCUUGCUUCUCAUGAAAAAAUUAUUAUAAAAGAUGAAAUAUUUGACCUAUAUUGAAAUUAAUUUCAUAUAUAAAGCUCAAAAUAUCACCACA